AUGCCGGAGAAAACGGUUCUUAUUACCGGCUGCAGCCAUGGGGGACUUGGACCGGCAAUGGCAAAGGCCUAUCUCGCUCGAGGCUUCAGGGUCUUCGCGACCCUACGAAAUACAAGUAAGGCCGGAUCUCUAGCAAAAAUAAAGGGUAUAGAGAUCCUCGAGCUUGAAGUCACAUCCGAGGAAUCCAUUCGCCAAUGUGUGAAGUCGGUUGAGAAAUUAACAGGAGGAUCGCUUGAUAUUCUUGUCAAUAACGCUGGCAUAAGCCUGUGUAGACCGCUUUUAGACACGCCAGUCGAAGACGCAAAGAAAUUAUUCGACGCUAAUGUUUGGGCUGUACUUGCAAUGGUCCAGGCAUUUACGCCGUUGCUUAUCAAAGCUAAAGGAGUCAUCUGCAAUAUCAGCUCGGUUUCUGGUGAAUUGGUCAUUGCAUGGAAUGGGAUAUACAACAGCUCCAGGGCUGCCACGACAAGACUUUCCGAGACAUUGCGGCUUGAGAUGGCGCCCCUUGGCGUGCGAGUCGUCACAGUUAUACUCGGAAUCGUUGACACAAGCAACGACAACUCGACCAAGCACGAGGAUCUCGUCCUGCCUGAAGAUUCAUACUACCAGAAGAUAUAUGACAUCAUAAAUCGCCAUAAAAAGUUCCUGGUGUAUCCUGACAGACAGAAUGUUGACGUAGCAGCGAAGAACAUUGUCAGCGACGUUCUCGGUGGUCACGGUUAUUUCAUUCGACGCGGGCAAACUUCAACUUUGAGUUGGUUCCUCAACACAUUUAUGCCCUACGGACUCUGUACUUCUAUGGUAAAUGAGAAAUCGGGUCUUUCCGAACUUGCACGUGGCAAUAAUAGGUGA